CGGAUGGGCGGGAAAAUAAAAGACAGCUCGAUCAUUGAGAGAGCGUGUGAAUCAGGACAGUUUAGUUCUGCAGAGAAUGGCAAAGGGAGAAGGCGGCGAAACGUGUGGCGUUACAGCGACUUUCUUACAGCCCAAGGCGAUCUCGGCGGACGAGCGGGGACUGAAACAGAGGGAAGUGAAAAAGAAUCUUUCAGUAUGCAAUAAGCUAUGUUAUGCUAUUGGUGGAACACCCUACCAGAUAACGGGAUGUGCCAUUGGAUUCUUCCUACAAAUUUACCUGUUGGAUGUAGCACAGCUUCAUCCUUCAUCUGCAUCCUUGAUCCUCUUCAUUGGCCGAGCCUGGGAUGCCAUCACUGAUCCAUCUGUGGGUUUUCUCAUAAGCAGAAGUAAAUGGACAAGAUUUGGGAGGCUGUUGCCAUGGAUUGUUUGCUCUUCACCUUUCGCAGUUGCCUCUUACUUUCUCCUGUGGUAUGUACCAGAUGGAAAUGUGUCCGAGAUUGGAAAAAUCCUUUGGUACUUGGUCUUCUACUGUUUGUUCCAAACACUGCAAACAUGCUUCCAUGUACCCUACUCUGCACUCACAAUGUUCAUAAGCACAGAUCAAAAGGAGAGGGACUCUGCAACAGCAUAUCGUAUGACUGUGGAGGUGCUGGGAACAGUAUUAGGAACAGCAAUACAAGGCCAGAUUGUGGGUGGGGCUGAUGCCCCAUGUAUUCAUGAAAGUGUAUUUAUUAAUGCUUCAAUGUCCACAAUUGAAGUCAACACUACACAGUACAACGUCAACACAUCCAUCAGUCAGCUGAAAAGUGCCUACAUGAUGGCAGCUGGAGUCAUUGGAGCAGUGUAUAUUCUCUGCACCAUCAUUCUGUUUGCUGGAGUCCAGGAGAGAGACGAGCCAUAUAACAGAAAAGCACAGAAGUCCUACUCCUUUUGGAAAGGACUGAAACUCGUAAUGAGUCAUGGACCUUAUGUGAAGUUGAUCAUUGGCUUCCUGUUUACAUCAUUGGCAUUUAUGCUGUUGGAAGGGAAUUACGCACUGUACUGCUCCUACACACUGGGUUUUCCCAAUGACUUCCAGAAUAUACUGCUGGUUAUCAUGGCAUCGUGA